ACAGAUAAUGCAUCCCCCUUCCCCUAUAUUAACAGCCACCCGCUCUUUGAAAAUCAUCAGCAAAAACUGCAAGACAAAACACAGAGGUGGGAAAAAACAUGGCAAUGGCGUCCCUGUUGCUCCUACUGCUCGUAUUUGCCGCUGCACCCUUCUCCGUCGCGCCUCUCGCCGUCUUCGAGCCCGGAAGCUUCGAGACCACCACCCUGGAUGUCGGCAGAAGGGACCCCUCCUCGCCGCCAAGGCCGCUCCUAGUCACCGCUCCGACCAUCCCCGGCAGCUACCCGAUCCUGCUCUUCGCCCACGGCACUUACCUCCAACCCAAUUUGUACACCAUGCUCUUCCGCCACAUUUCUUCCCAUGGCUUCAUCGUCGUCGCACCGCGGUUAUUUGACCGGGUGCUGCCGUCGGGACCAACGGAAGUCGAUUACGUGGCACAAGUCGCGAACUGGCUUCCCUCGGGACUCCCCUCCGUCCUUCCGGCAACCGUGGAGCCGAAUCUCGGCAAGCUCGCCGUCAGCGGCCACAGCCGGGGAGGGAAAUCGGCGUUCGCGCUCGCCCUCGGAUACGCCGAAACCCCACUCGUCGACGGCGUCACCAUUUCAGCAAUCGUCGGGGUCGACCCGGUCGCCGGGCGGAGCAAAAACCGACGCACCGACCCGAGAAUCCUCACCUACGAGCCCCAUUCCUUCAACCUGUCCGUUCCGGUGUCGGUGAUCGGGACGGGGCUGGGAAACAAGGGGAAGUCACUCCUGACGCCGCCCUGCGCACCGGACGAGGUGAACCACGUGGAGUUCUACAGGGAGUCCAGGGCUCCGGCGAGCCACUUCGUGGCGAGCGAUUACGGGCACAUGGACAUGCUGAACGACUGGUUUCUUGGCAUGAUGUGUAGGAGCGGGAGGGGGCCCAGAGGUCCGAUGAGGAGAGCCGUCGGAGGGAUUGUGGUGGCGUUUCUGAAGGCGUAUUUGGAAGGGCGGAGGGAUGAUUACGUGGCUAUACUGGAAAAUCCUCUGGCGGCUCCGGUGAAGCUUUCCCCCGUCGACAACAUUGUUCCAUACGCCACUCUGGCUGGCGGCGGCCUCAAUCUAGCAGCAGCAUGAAGCCGUAGCCGGCCCUUGACUUGACUUGGUCUUCCGUCAAACUUUAGCAGAAGAGUGGAUUUGGUUAUCCGCAAUGAAUGGGAUUUGUCAUUUGUUUAUGGUGUUGUUAUUUCAAUUCCAAUAAUUCCUCUCAUUAUCAAAAUGUCAUAUAUGUAAGUUAUGAACAUGAAUGAAUAAAGAAGGUAAGGAGGUACUAUUGUGUUUGUGGUA